AUGGCUCUCGGAGAUUCCUACUGUCCCGGCGAGUUGGACGUGUUGCACCCAGACCGGAACAGAUCAGAAACCACUAUCUGCUUGCCUUCACCCUCCCCUGUGAAGCGAGUUUCCUCCUACUAUCCCAAGACGGGUGCCAAAGUAUUGGAGGAAUCCAACCAGGACCCCUUCUACCUCGAGCAAUCACUGGCCGCGACCCCAACUUGGACCGACUCGUACACCCCGUCCAUUCGCGAUGAUAGAUACAGUGAAGAUCACAGCCAGUACUAUACAUUGUCUUUGACACACGAAAAAGACAACAAGUAUUCCAAGCAGGCUUCCUUGCAAUACACCGGCCCCGAUCGCUCUACACUCGCACAGCUCGAAUUGGAAAACAGCGCCAGAUUCCACAGCUAUUCCUCUUCCACAGACGAAAGAAGAACUGCCCACGGUAGUCAAGACUCGUUCAGCUCUGUGCAAACAGACUGCACGGUCCCAGACCUCACACCAAGCUCGUCUUUCUCAUCAACCUAUUCCUCUCCCGCUUGUCCUGACGCCGUGUUGAAGGCGACUGAGAAGCUCUACCAGCACGCGCAACAAGCUCACAUCAAACCUCCACGAGCUUUCUACCUCCCUAGUUCUACUCCUCCAAAAUACUCUCUUCCACCUCCUCCACCUGUGCCUUCGCUCCCCAAGGCAUUGACUCGACCCACCACACCUGGUGCCGAUCACUCCACAAUGAAGUACGAAACAUCAAGUAUGUCUUCGUCCUCGCGCAAGAGCAGGAGAAAGCAACCUCCUACCCUCCCGAAUCUUUCCCGAGGCACAAGCUCCCACAGCACGCGGAGAAAACAAUCAAGCCCUGGAACCCGCCCUCCGUUGGACCCUUCUAUGAUCUCCCCUCCCAGCUUGAUCAACCCAGUUACUAUGGAGCCGCAUGCUACCCAUUUCGACCAAGCUCUAUUCAUCCCUGCAAAUGAUAACGCCAGUCCCAUUCCCAGCCCCGUUGCUAGCUCUCCUCCAAUCUCCCGACAAUGGACAGCUACUUCUAUGGAGCGGCCGUCGACCUCCACCAUGGAUGCAUACCUCGGUGAGCAGUCUGUCUGGGAAUCCGACUCGGACAAUGAGUCCCUCAGCCACAAGUCAUUGUCUCGCCGGCCUAUCGACACACUGCGCAAGGUCCGUAGCCGGGCCAAGCUCCGUGGAGCCAAGUCACAGCCCAAGCUUCACCAAGCUAUGCUUGAUGAUCAAAUGCCCGAGCGCUUCCCAAGUUUGCCUGAUGAUUCCAUUAGCAGCACUAUGAUGGAAUCCCUUCGUGGCAUGAGCCUAGACCGUCCCAGCACUAGCAGGGAUGGCCUGCGUGUAAACCACCCUCUUCAGACCCUCCGCCUCGUUGCGCCAUCUGCGACCUCUCUCAUGAAGCCACUCUCCAGCCGUUCAAGGAAAAACAGUAGCAUCCUUGAGUCAGAUGUCGACCGUGCAGCAGCAGCGGCCAACCAGGCCCAAAGGCGCCGCCAACGCUCCGACACACCAGAGUACAACUCGGACAAGGAGAAACUCACAUCCAUGUGCUACGAGCAACACUCCCCCGUCCCAUUCCCGGACCCAGCUGCCGACAACCGACCUUUCUUCAAGAAAGUGCUCGACUCUCUCCGCUCACUGAGCUGCCACAAGACCUCCACGAAAUCCAAUGUCACCACCAUCUGA